AUGCUUAUGUCAAAACACUUUGCAAAUGUCUUCGCUGCCGGUGAUUGUAUGAAUACGCCCAAUGCGAAGACCGCCGCUGCAGUGUCCAGCCACCUUAAGACUAUCGAAAAAAACUUGGGAGCCGCAAUGGAAGGAAAAGAAAUGCCUGCGAAGUAUGACGGUUAUGCAUCAUGUCCUUUGAUAGUCGGUAGACAUCGAGGAAUCCUCGCUGAAUUCAAUUCGAAAGGUCCUAUGGAAACAUUCCCAAUCAACCAAGCUAAAGGAGGAUUCUAUGCAUUCCUUAUGAAACGCUAC